GACUGGAGCGGUCGUCAGGCAGUAUUCAGCUACAAUUCGAGCCGAAAAAAAUCGGUUAAUGUGACAAGCAGAAAAGUUUCCGGUUUUUCUUUAUCCUUUUCUUCUAAACCCAGUGAAAUAUUGAGAAAUAUGUCUUUGCUUAGUGAUUUUGUGGAUUCCAGAUUGUUAACAUCUCAUAGUCCUACAGGUUAUAAACAAGAAGCUGAUAGCACAUCGACUUUAUUAACACCUCCAUUAACGCCAACGUGUUCAUCAAUAACACCACCGUUAGAAGGUCGUUAUCAUCAUCAUUCGCAAACCAAUUUCAGACAUUUGAGACAUCAUCAACCGCAACCGUUUGACUUGUCGUUGGUGGAAAAUUAUAAUAAUUCAACGUUACCUUUAACGUAUAACAACAAUUACGCGAGUUAUAACAACAUAUUUACACAUUGGAUUUCGAACGCGGCGUGGUACAACGCAGCAAGAAGACACGCGAUGAUGGAACAACAUCAAUUUGAUCAUCAUAGACGCCCGCAGGUACCGGCACAACAAAAAAUUCCCACAGGAAAUUCUAGACCGAGAAAAGAAUUUAUCUGCAAAUAUUGCCACCGACAAUUCACCAAAAGUUAUAAUUUGUUGAUACACGAAAGAACUCACACAGAUGAAAGACCUUACAGUUGUGAUAUUUGCGGAAAGGCUUUUAGACGGCAAGAUCAUUUAAGGGAUCACAGAUACAUCCACAGCAAAGAAAAGCCGUUUAAAUGUAGCGAAUGUGGAAAAGGUUUUUGCCAAUCUCGCACUUUAGCCGUUCAUAAAAUCUUACACCUCGAAGAAUCACCACAUAAAUGCCCCAUUUGCACCAGAUCUUUCAAUCAACGUUCUAACUUAAAAACACACAUGUUAAGUCACGGUCAGACUUGUCACGAAUGCGAUAAAUGUAAUCAAAUUUUCGAUAAUUUGAACGAUUUAAAAGCGCAUAUCUUAAUUCAUGAUGCCACUCCGGUCGCUUCUACUUCAACAAAUUCUUCGAUAAGUUUAAAUUCUUUAAAUUUAACUUCAUCCUCGAAUUUAACCACGUCUAAAAGUUUAAUAACAUUAACCAAAGAAGAAAACGAGGUACACAGUACGUGUUUGGAUUUGAGCACGACGCGAAAAGAGGAAGAAACAACGACGGUUAUUGAAAUUUGUAAAUCCCCGACGAAAAAGUUUCGCGGUUUCACAAUAGAUGAAAUAAUGAAGCGAUAAUUUAACUAAAUUUUUUUUUAAGUUACCAAAGUUCUUUGAAUUAAAGAAUCCAAAGGACGUUUUAGUAACACCAAAGAUGUUUGAUGAUUUUUUUUUCUGUAUUCGUGUUUUAUUUUUUUUUUUAUUUUUAAUUAAUUAGGAUUUAAUUAUUAUUUCGUGUAUUAUAAAAAGUCCAGGUUAACCGGGUUGACCAAUUCGACCAAGACUGAUUGUUUAAUUUAUUUUACGGGUUACCUUCAUUUAUUAUUAAUU